AUGGUCCGACCCCGUGUAUUCAUGGACUACUCGUCCGGUGGCGAGUCUCUUGGUCGCGUGAUAUUCGAGCUGUACAAUGACACUGCGCCCAAAACGGUUGAAAAUUUCCGUGCUUUAUGUACGGGUGAGAAGGGCGCGAGCCCAACUUCUGGCGCACCACUCUACUACAAGGGCUCGCCGAUACACCGCAUCAUCCCGGACUUCAUGGUACAGGGUGGAGAUUUCACCAAGCAGAAUGGGACAGGCGGUGAAAGCAUCUACGGUGCUCCAUUCCCCGACGAGAACCUUACGAUACCACUAGACGCCGAAGGCUUGCUCUGUAUGGCGAAUAAGGGUCCCGACACGAACGGCUCGCAGUUCUUCAUCACGCUUCGACCGGCGCCUCAUCUUGACGGCAAGCAUGUUGUCUUCGGCCGCGUCAUCCGCGGCAUGGAAAUUGUGCGCAAGAUAGAGGCCGUCCCCACCGGCGCUAAAGACCGUCCUGUGACACCUGUGCUCGUAUCCUCAUGUGGAGAGCUCGAGCUGAAACGGCCGCCGCCGAAGCAAGAAACGCGCGCAAGAUCCCGCUCGGUAUCAGGGUCCGACUCCGGCGAAUCUGAUGAUGAGCGCUUGCGCAAACGGCGUAAACAUAAGCGCUCGCAUUCUUCUUCGCGAUCUCGGUCGCCGGGCGCGUCUGAUGAAGAGCCGCGCAAGAAGAAGAAGCAUAGGAGCAAAGAAGAGAAGCGCGCGCGUAAGGAGAAGAAGGAAAAGAAGCGCAAGCUCCGGGAGGAGGAAGCCUCUGCUGCUGCUUUGGCUUCCGGAGAGAGGAAGGAGACGGAGGAAGAGUACGAUGCGCGGCUUGAGCGUGAGGAGAACGAGAGGCGUGAGGAGGCGAGGAGACGUGAGCUCGAACGUCUGGCACGUCAUGCGCGGGCUGAGGAGCAGGCUGUGACUGUGGGCGGCGUGAAGUUCAAAGGGCGAGGAAGGAUGAAGUAUGUCGAUCCGGAAUACUCGACACACCGGCAUUGA